GGAAGCUGGGGAGGGGGCCCCGGAAGUGACGGCUUUCUGCGCUCCCGGGGAUUUCUGGAGUUCGUGAAGUCCGCGAAGUCAGUGACGCUGCUGCUGCGGCCGUCGCGUUCCCCGGCCCUGGGCGAUGGAGAACGGAGAGGUGUACAGAGCCACCACGGAGGCGGCCCCGGGCCCCGUGAGAGGCCCCCGGGGCGGCCUCGCUGCCUACUUCUUCCUGGGCCGGCUCCCUUGGUACCGGCGAGUUCUCAAAGGCUUGCAGCUGUUGCUGUCUCUGCUGGCCUUUAUCUGUGAAGAAGUUGUAUCACAGUGCACUAUGUGUGGAGGACUUUACAUUUUUGAAUUUGUAAGCUGCAGUGCCUUUCUUCUGAGUCUCCUUAUGGUGGUGGUGUAUUGCACUCCUGCUUAUGACAGAAUUGAUGCCAACAAAGUAAAAUUAUCGGAUUUUUACAUUACUUUGGCAACAGGAUGUUUAUUUUUGCUGGCAUCCAUCAUUUUUGUUUCUACGCAUGACAGGACCGCAGCUGAAUAUGCUGCAAUUGUGUUUGGAUUUAUAGCAAGUUUUGUGUUCCUGCUUGACUUUCUUGUUAUGCUCAUUGAAAGACGACGGGAGUCCCAGAGGAGAAAACCUGAGAAUGCCACUAGGACAGAACCCCUCACUGAACCACUUAAUGCUUAAAGACCCUGGAAAGCAGUUGUUAUGUAAGAUAGUGGUUUUGUGUUGUGAUGCCUGAGCCCUGGCAGAAGCUCUUGUAGAAUUUGUGUAAUUGUUGAAACCACUUCUUUUGGAGAACAAGAGGAAAGGCAGGAAGGCAGUUUUAUCAACAUGUGUCAGUCACCACAAAUUAGGCCAGAGGGUUUAAAAAAUAAUUUUAAUUAAAAUAAUGGUUAAAAUAUAAAUCCAGUGGAGAUUUGGGGGUGGGUGGGAGGUGGAAGACAAUUGUUUUUUUAAAUGACACAGGUCAACUGAUGAUAAAUGAUUCUGUCAUUCUGUUAUAGAGCAUUCUGUUACUAGGCUGAGCUUCCAAAUUACGCUUUAUGGUUGUAUAAACAGCAUGAUUAUAUUCAUCAUUUAGAAAUUUUUAUUUUUAAAUUAAUUUGCUUAGCUAUUGGUUUGUUUUAAUGAUUAGAUUAUGUUCUAUUAAUGGGACUUUAAUGUAUAUUUAAGAGACUAGUAUUUUAAAUAUUGGUCUAGGUAUUUUUCUUUAAUAUGUAACACCUGGCUUUACUGUAUCUUGCUCAGCCUUGAAGUUAUAUUGUGAUGGUUUAGGAUAAUUAUUAACUCUUUUGGAUGCUUUUGUAUAGCCUAAUAUAAAAUGUAUGGAAGAUGUUGAUAUUGAAUGUAUAUAAAAGCAACAAUAUCAGCAACCUCAUGUUUAUACUGCACUUUGGUUAUUGAUGUAAAGUAAAAGAAAAAAAAGAAUUAUUAUGUAACACAUAAAAAAAUUGAAGAAACUAAUAUCACUCCUAAGGACCAAAGAUAAGAAAGAUAGACUUUUUGGCCAAGAUAAUGAAAGGAAUUAUAAAAACAGGCUUUUGACCACUUACCCAGUAUCUGAAGGGAUGAGUUAGAAAAUGGUCCAUUCCCUUGUUGGUUAGAAAAUGGUCCAUUCCCUUGUUGGUAUAUGAUUAUUUUUACUAAAAUUAAUACAGCUCUGCAGGCUUCUUUAGUGUUUUCUUUGGAGCCAGUCGUCUUUUUAGAACCCCAGCCUUUGAUUUUUCAUCUAUUCAAGAUAUUCCCUUUUCUGUCUCCUUAUCAGACAGAAAUGGAGCCGUGUGCAGCUUCAUCAUCUGGCAGAGGUGGGCCCCUGGCUCUGAGUUUUUCUUGUUGUCAGUUGUCUUUAGGUGGUCCAGAAUCUUGGGCCCUUUUAACUGUGAAGGGUGUAUAGCAGGAUCUUUAGGGUUCUGUUUCCACAUAGGCACUGCUCUAGUUUCUCUUUGCAGGAGAGUGUCUUAACAAAAUGAAUAUGCAGAGAACCCUGCCCAGAUUAAUACUGUUGGUGGUAUAAGGGAUUAAUAGACCAUUCUCAAGAGUUACUUUAUAAGCAGUUCUGAUAAUUUGGAAGAAUAAUCUGCUGCUGGCAGCUGUCUUAGAGCCAGACAGAUACAGCACUUGAAAUAGGACCUUUCUGUCCGAGUGGUUCACAAACUAGACCUUUAUUGCCCUUCUGCUAGAGUUUUGACUUGAGUCUCUAGUGUUAAGGUGAUAAGCCCGUAUGUCAGGUCCUUUUGUACUUUGGUGGAAGUCUCCUGGGAUAGGUUUUCUGUCUGAAACAGUGGAAUCAUGUUUCCAGUGAUAACAUUUUAAUGACCCUAUCCUUUUUAGUUUCUCAUCUGCCAUUUAUGUGCUGUGAAUGGGUUUCAGUUGCAUGAAUGUGGCUGAUGUGAUUCUCAGGAAUUGGUCAGUAUGGCCAGACAUAACUUCUGCUCCGUCUCACUGAUGGAGUACCUUACCUAUUUAUAUCAGAGUUUGGAUGCUAGUGUUAGUGAUGGUGUCACCACUAUCUAUUUGGGAGAUAAUGAAACCAAUCAUGGAUGCUGUUUUUAUUGGGUGUGUCAUCUAACAGAGGAGAAAUAGCAAGGUCUUGGGUUUACGAAUAAAGACCGAUUCAGACAACCAGUAUAUGGUAAGCAGAUUGUAGAAUUUCGUAUCAGACUGUACCAUUGUCAUUUUAAGUGUCAUCUGUACCCAUUUAGAAUUCAUAGCAAAUCAUCUGGGCUACCUCAGAGUCACCACCCAUGCAUUGGGUGUAAUCAAGAUGGAGAGACAUAUUCUCAGCUGGCCUCACAUACGUAGCAUGUUGGCAUCUGAGCUUCAGCUCUGCCUGUUCUGAGAUUUCACCUCCAUUUGUUUCAUUGGUGCAGAAAUGGGUCUCUUAGUUGGCCACUUAAUUCUUUCCUGUUCAGAAAGAUACAUUCACUGGUAUUUUGGGUCAUUCUUGGAACCUUCCUUCACAUUGGUUUUCUGUGAAACCCAUGAAUGGUUAGCCUCUCUCUUCUAUUAUGGAAGGAAAUAAGGGAGUAAAAAGACCGUUGUACAACGUGAAUAAGUUCAAGGAGAACUUGGGACCAGAAACCACUAUUACGUACAGAAAAGGGUAAGCUCAAUAAACUCAAACUUAAAAUAAUUUUUUAUUAAUAGCUAUGAUAAAUUUCAUUUGUUACAUUUUAUACAAAUAAAUUGUUUAGAAUGGUUUUAAUUAUAAGGGAAAUGCAUUUACAGUACAAAAGUUUUAUAAUUACUGUACUUAAAUUAUGUUGUGUUUGAGGACCGGGAAAUGUAUUUUUACAUUGUUUAUAGCCAUUUUUCUAUUUGUCAGUUUAAAUCCUGUGGGUCUUUUUUGAUCUCUCUUAAUGUCAAAUUUUGUAGUCUUCUUUUUAAAUAAAUCCAUUUAAUUAAAAUGUU